AUGUGUGGAAAUCCGAGACUAAUAAACUCCCAUUCAGAUCUCUUUUAUAUUGUCAACGUUAAACAGCUCACAUCCGAUUCGGGAACUGCACUUCAUCAACAGCAAAUCAAAACCUCAGCCAAUAGUUUCACUUUGGGGAAACUAAUUGCUGGCGAGAAGUACGAAAUGACAAUUCGUAGCGCUCUUGGUCCAACACAGGUAUCGUCAACGGCGGCAAUUGUGGAGAUUCACAUGCCUAGAGAAACGGAUUAUUUCGAAAUUGGAAAUCUGAUCAUUAGCAGUCAUUUCCAAUCCAAUGGUCGUGGAAUUGUAAAUCUUACCUGGGAAGUGCCAUCAAACAUGGAACAGCAAGUUGUCUCCUACGAUGUCCAGUAUGUUGAGGUUGGGACAGGAAAUUGGCAAAAGGUCGUAUUUCACGGGACGAAGCCUACUGCUGUGCUUCAUAAUUUGAAGAGAAAGCGAGAAAACACUGGAGAAACAGCAUUGCCUCACAAAACACUCUUAGCUUAG